GGCAUGUGGGUGCUGACCCUUCAGCUGCUGUGCAUCAGAACUGCAGUGGUGGCAGAGGUGAAUGAUACUCAGAUGAAUCAGUUAUCCUACUUAUAUGAUGUGGAACCGUUCACACCUUUAUGGUUUGUCCUUACAUCCAUUACGCUAUUCAACCUAUGUGCUACAACGCUUCUGACAGCUAUGAGGGGACAAACGUGCUUAUUUUUAACGCAUUUGUUCUACAUAGACCUCCUCAUGGGCAUCAGUGGCAUCGUAGCCGACUUAAUAACUCAGAAAACGGCAAUGUGGAGUGGAAGCCCGGCAGCGUGCAAAGCACUGCGGAGUUUUCAGGGUCUUCUGACAUAUGCUUCGGUAUACGUCAUCGCUUGCAUGAUGAUUGAUCGAGGACAUCGGUCUUUCUGCAGGAGCUUGAAUAGGACCCGAUACUUGGUGACGGCCUGGGCAUUCAGCGUAGUUUUUUCUCUACCCAUUCCAUUUAUUUACGGAGAAAGGACAGUACAAGGUCGGCAGCAAUGUGCGGUAGAGUUCUCAUCGCAAUGGAUGUGGCAGUUCUACACGACGUUGAUGUUUAUAUUGCUUUUCGCUCUGCCAGUUGUAAUCAUGUUUGCAUGCUAUGUUAUAACCCGGAGGGCCAACAGCAUGGUGACAUCAUUUAUCGACCGCCAUGAAGAAAGGUCUCGUAAUAGAGCAGAGGAAUAUACCUCGAACAUCUCGAGAGUUAACUCCAGAGAUCCCGUCCCAGGAGAAACAAUUAGAACUGAAGAAAUGCCCUUGAUUCUAGUUGGUGCAUUUGUGAUCUGCUAGGGUCCGUACAUGAUGUUCAGCCUCCUCCAUGUGUAUGGGCUAGUACCCCCAACGGAAACCAACGCUAAAAUCGCGACAUUCCUACAGAAGUUAACCACGUUGAAUUCAGCUGCGGGUCUGCUCAUAUACCCUGUACGUUGGGUUAGGACAUUAUGGUAAGCACUUCCAGAAAGUAACUUUUACUAUCGUUAUACUCUAUCACUGUCUUUCAAUGGAUGUUUGCUCUACCAUAAAAACUGCUCUUAGUUUCUUGCUUCCUGUGACCUCGACUUCUGCUCACUGUUGGCUGUAU